GCCCACCUUGGCUCUCUUAUCUCUCGACUCAUUACAACGCGAAAAACACUGCUAAUAAUGGCGAGCGACGACGAUCAAGACGUUCUUGACCUGCUGGAUCGCGAGGCCUCCGAGUUUAACAAGGAUGCGGAGAUCGAUCGAAUUCGCAAGGCGUUCUCGCUCAAUGCAUAUGCUGUGCUCGAUCUACAGCCCGGUGUGACGGAGAAGGACAUCAAGAUCCAGUACCGCAAGAAAUCGCUCCUUAUCCACCCGGACAAAACCAAGAACCCUGCUGCGCCCGAUGCUUUCGACCGACUGAAGAAAGCCCAGACCGCGCUUCUGGAUGAGAAACAGCGCACUUAUCUGGAUGAAUGCAUUGCGGAUGCGCGACGACUACUGAUGCGCGAACACAAGUACACUGUGGACUCAGAGGAACUCAAGACCCCGGAAUUCCAGGUUGAAUGGCGAAACAAGGCCACAGAGGUUCUUCUAGAAGAAGAGGCACGACGCCGGCGCCAACUGAAAGCGCGUCUACAAGAGGAAGGACGAGAGCAGCGCAAGGAGGAAGAAGAGAUUGAGGCACGCAAGCGAAAGCGAGAGCAUGAUAAGGCAUGGGAGGAUACCCGCGAGAAUCGUAUUGGUAGCUGGCGUGAUUGGCAAAAGGACCGCAAGACCACUGAUGAGAAGAAGAAAAAGAAGAAGAUGAAGGUUCUCGGAUGA